CUGAUCCAGAAAGCAACCAAAUUACCAGUGGCAGGCAAGCAGCAACGGGAGGAGAUCGAGAUGACCGCCGCAGCUUCGGCUACUUCCACAAUCCGGAGCACGUACUACCACCCCCAGCACAUGCUCACGUCCUACCACUACACCGCCGCGUCGACGCACCCCUGCGCCGCGUGCGAGCGCGUCGUCACCGGCGCCGGCUACAGCUGCGACGAGUGCGACUUCAACAUCCACAAGGCGUGCUUCACGGGGCUCCCGGGCUCCAUCUGCCUGGGCAGGCAAAGCGACCAGGGGCUCGCCUUCACCCUCGCCCUCACCCGCCUCGCCGCCGCCCGGGCGUGCGGCCUCUGCGAGGAGACCUCCCGCGCGGGGCGCUACAUGUACCUGUGCGCGCCGAUGGAGCUGUACCUGCACCCCCGCUGCGUGCUGCUCACCGCCGGCACGCACUUCCACCCCGAGCACUUGCUGUCCGUCUACUGCUACGACGGCGCCGGCGCGGCCUACGCCUGCGCCGCGUGCGAGCGCGCCAUUACCGGCGGCGUCGGCUUCCGCUGCGGCGAGUGCGACUUCAGCAUCCACGAGGCCUGCCUCGGCCUCCCCGCCUCCAUCUCCUUGGCCCAGCACAGCCGCGAGCACGGCCUCACGCUCACCCGCCUCAAGGCCAGCCGCUGGUGCGACGUCUGCAGGGAGACCUCCCACGCCGGGUGCUACAUGUACCUCUGCGCGCCGUGCAACUACGACGUGCACCCGCGGUGCGUGCCGGCGGCGGACGACGGCGGCGCCCAGCGGCCGCGGGCCCAGCAGCAGCCCCAGCGCGGCGGCCAGGUCGUCCAGCCGAACAGGGGCGGGCGCGGGGACGCCGCCCGAGCUGUCCAGACUGGCCUACAUGUGGUGAGCGGGGUGGCACACACCGCCGACUCCGUGUGCACGCUCGUGAACACGCUGGCUUCAGCGGGCGCGUGCAUGAUCAUGUGACGAAUUGAACACCAAUGCAGCAAGCCAACAUGAAGGCAGGUGUCGAUGUGUCACUGUUCAGAGUGGACUUCGAGUAUAUUCAAAUUCAACCGACGAUGGCCGCCGGCCGGCCGGUAAUAUAUGCGCCGAUCACUACGUAAAGUGCAGUAGUAUUUUACUAUUUUGUCUGUUUGUAACAAAUUAAACCCGCUGCCGUCAAGUAUUACUGUGACUUCUUAAUUUAAUUUAUCUUUGUAUUUGCUACGGAAUGUGCUCCAUUUCCCAAGUUUUUAAUCAAUUCCCAAGAACAAAUUUUGAUCCA